UUUCUCUAACCUGGCUCUGAUACCAACUGUCACGGGCCGACUAUUUGGGAACUCCAAGUAGACGGAACGUGCAGCACUUGCGGAUACUCCAAGCUAGCAAGUCAGCCUACAACUCAUGCCUGCGUGCAAACAAACUCAGUGGUCAUCUCGGACAUGAAACAAGCAAUAACGAAGUAUGAGCAAGCACAAAGCAAGUCAUUCCAUAGAACGUCCACACCACACAAAAGCAUAUAACAAUGCAAGUGGCAUGCGAUGGCCCAACAAAGACAAAAAUCAAGUAACACAUAGACAAUAAGGAAGCAUACACGUGCAAGUAUGGAUAAACAUCGUUUUAUUAAUAUGUAUAGCCUUGGUAUGGCAAGGGAGUACCCAAUUUUAGCCCCUAUCUACUGGUGGCCAUGAUGCUUCCCUAAGUCACCAAGUCACCUCCCCCUAAGGAGCCUUCUAGAGAUACAAGGUCUUCUCAGUAACAUAUAUGAGAUAUAUAAAUAAUUACAAUACUGCCACUAACCUACCCCAUGUGGUUGCUUGGUGCAAGACUUGACUAAUGAUCAAGCACCAAUGCAUGCUCGCUUACAAAAUGGCCCUAUGUGGGUGUGCCAAAGGAGCAUCACGUCACACCCAACACCACAUGAGGUGGUACCCUAUAGUUGGUUAGCGAUAUCUCAUAAUAUUUAUUAAAUUCAAAUGUGUGGGACCCGAUAUUGGAUUGCACUAAUAGCAAUAUGCUACCUCCUUGUAGUAUUGGGCACCAAUGGUGCCCCUUAGCAUUUCUCUUUUGAAAGAUAGAGCAGAGAAACUAUUGGGAGUGCACUAAAGAAUUGUAGAGAUAAGAGUUUUGCCGCGAAUUACUCCAAAUGCAAUCAUCAUAUUAUUACCACAACUAUAAAGAACAUAACAAGAUGUGUACGAACGAGAUAUUCGGCAACAAGACGAAGUUUGUCCCAAUCACUCUUAUGCAAACACAAUCCAUAUCAACUUUUAUAUUGUAAAAUACAAUUUUGCAAAAUAACUACAAAAAAAAAAGUUUAGAUUUUUACCAAUUAUUCUCGUGCAAAACAACAUAUAUCAACGAAAAAAAAAAUACAAAAACAAUUAAGGGCUCAAUAUAGACAUGCCGUCGUCGGCUCUACCAGACGAGCUAUGGAGGCGAAUUCUAGAACUUGGUGUUCACAGUCGCGAUUUGACCUUCAAAGAUCUCUGUUGCCUUUCAAUCACCUCCGUACGCUUUCGCCGAUUAUCUUCCGACGACGAUCUCUGGUCCCAUCUUCUCUCCUCUGAUUUCUCGGUCGACCGUUGCCGUUCGCCAUUGCUCUCCUCCAAGUCAUUGUACAAGUGCAGGUUUGAGAGGGACAGAGAGAAGAAGUUAGCGGCUCAGAGGAGGGCAUUGCUAAGAAAAGAGAGCCAAAUUGCUGAACAUUUGGAAAGAGUUAAGGAGUUGGCGAGUCGUUUGGCGGAGGAGCAAGAUAGGAUGAGAGCAACUCUUGCUGAGUUAUCGAGUUUGAGCAAAAUUAGGCAAGCAUCGGUGGCUUUGAAUGUGUGGCAGCCAGAAGUGGUUCGUGGAAGGCACAAGCAGAUAGUGGAGCAGAAUGUUGUGCCAGUUGAGUCUCGAGUUCGUGCCAUGGAGAUGGAGCUCAAGCUUUGCAGGCAACAGAUUUGUGGUUUCGAAAGAGCUUAUAAGGAAGAGAAGCAGAGGUUUGAUAUUGCAAGAAAAGAGUUGAAGUCAUUAAAGUAUCAUCCUUUUGGGCUUAAUGAAUCAACAAGUGGGGUGAAAGGUGAAUCUGAGGCUAAUAUCAGGAGAAACAAACGGAGAAGAUGCAGUAAGGAUCAGGAUACAGGAAAAUCAUAGCUGGCCAUGCAUCUUUCUCGCACGCCCGGUCUGGUCAACUGCUUCCUUCAGGAACGCAACAAAAUCUAUUAGACGUGGUUAUGAAGAACCCCGCUAGUGCGGAUGUGCACACGAUGAUUGGUAAAAUCAUCUUCACCAGGCAUUUUUUUUAGUUUCUAACAUCAAUAGUUAGUAAAUAAAGUUCUUAAAAGUUUCAAAGAAAUAUGUUAAAACUUGCUUAGUAUUAGACAUGGUUAUGAUGAACUCUGCUGGUGCGGAUGUGCGCACGAUGAUUGGUAAAAUCAUCUUUGCCAGUCAUUUUAUUUUAGUUUCUAACAUAAAUAUUUUGUAAAUAAAUUUAUUACAAGUUUCAAAGAAAUAUGUUGAAACUUGCUUGGUAGUCCAAAAUUUCGUAUUGUUAGGUGACAGCUAGAUGGCGCUGAAAACUAGUUUAGGUGAAAAGGGCCAACUGUGAAGUUCUGUAAUUUAUACCAUAUGCUAUGAUAUGCAAGAUUUGUGAUUUUAUUGACCAAGAA